CGACCGGACACACAUCUCCACCCGCAGAAUGCGAGGCCCGCCGCCGCGGCUCGCCCUCCUCCUUCUCGCCUCCGGCUCCUCCGCGACCACCGAGUGGCGGAUCGCCGUCCUGCCCGACGGCCGCCCCUUUGCGCCGACCGACUUUGCGCUCGCUCCGUCGCCGCCGCUCGACGCCGCGGCGCUCAAGCAGGGCGAGGCGCUCUUCGCGCUGGAGUACGCGUCGGUGGACGCGGCGACGCGGAUCUGGACCGACGGCGGCGGCUCGGCGCAGGGCUGGGGCUUCUUCUCCAAGCUGCAGAAGCGGCCCGGCGACGCGAUGUUCACGUUUGGCGCCGUGCUGCGCUGCCUCGCGUCGCGCCACCCCGACUGGGCGGCGGGCGAGCUGGGAGUGGGCGCGUCGGCGAUCCGGGCGGUGCAGGUCCUCGACCCGGCGGCGGCGCGGCUGCGCAAGGCGCUCGGCAGCGUCGACCCGUCGCUCGAGCUGUCUGUCCUCGGCACCACGACGGGGCUCACGGCGCUGCUCGCCAUCGAGAAGCUGCUGCCGCCCCGGCCAGAGGGGCCGGGCGUGGUGUAUGUGUCGGCCGCGGCGGGCGGGGUCGGGCUGCUGGCGGCGCAGCUCUUCCAGCUGCGCAACGCGACGCGCGUCAUCGGCUCGGCUGGGACGGACGAGAAGGUGCGACUGCUGCGGUCCAAGUACGGCGUCGAGGCCUUCAACUACCGCCGCCAGGCCGUCGGCGACGCGCUCGCCGCCCUCGCCCCCGAGGGAGUCGACGUCUUCUUCGACGGCGUCGGCGGGCGCACGCUCGACGAGGCGCUGCUACACAUGAGCAAGUUCGGCACCGUCCUCAACGUCGGCGCCGUCUCCGAGUUCUCCUCCUCGUCGCGCGGCGGCCUCGCCAACGCGCACGCCAUCACCGACCGCGCCCUUCGCAUCUCGGGCUUUGGCGUCGCGAACUACGUGCCCGACUUUGCGGACGCGCGCCGCCGGCUCGCCGACCUCGUCCUCGCCGGCAAGCUCACGACCGAGGAGACCGUCUUUGGGUGGGAGGAGUACGGCGCAGCGCACACCGCGCUCCACGCCGGCGGCAGCGUCGGCAAGGUGCUCGUCGCCGGCCCCGUCGCCGCGGCGCCGCGGGGAGGAGGAGGAGGAGGGGACGGGGGCGGAGGAGGGGGCGGAGGGCCGGAGGCCGUGGCGGAGCUGGUGGUGCGGGCAGGCGCUUCGCUCGGGCGCGACACGGCGGCCUUCGCCCACUCCCUCGUGCACGACCACUGGGUCGACUCGGUCUCCGCGCUGCGAGUGCUACAGGCGGCUCAAUUUGCCACCUUCGAGCACACCUCCCUGUGGCUUGUCCGUGACUGUGACGCGCCCGUGGCACGCCGCUUGCAGGCCCCCGACCUGAUUGCGCUCGGCCUUCCGGGGCGCCUCGCGGCCGAGAUUGUCAAGCAGGCGGCCAGCGCAGGGGAGGAGGCAGGAGCACGAUUGGAGUGGAGAAGAGGCGCCGGCGCCGGCUGGGCGAGCGCGGCGGUCUCGCCGGUCCCGCCGCACGGUCAUAGCACGGGCGACGGUCGCGUGAGCCGCCAUCGGCCCGACUCGAUCGCCACGGCCGCGUCGGAGUCGUCCGACCGCCGACUCUUCUGGAGCGCCGUCCUCGGCCUCCUCGUCGCCGCCGUCGGCCGUGGCAGACUGGCGUCUGCUGCGUGGUCGGCCGGCUGCAGCCUCCUCUCUCGCGUGGGCCGCGGGGCCGUGCCCGCCCUCCUCGCGUCACUGCGGCACGCCGCCUCCGCUGUCGCCGCCGCCGCCCUCGCGCUCGCCGCCGCCGCUGCCACCGCAGUGGCCGUGCGCUUGCGCAAGGCCGUGCGCGCCCUCCUCGCUCGAGCGUCGAGCUCGGACGGCGGCGGGUCUCGCUCGGACGAUGAUCGGCCGUACACGCCCUACUCUGCCCGCUCCCACCAGAACAGGCCCUUUGCCGGUGAGGCCGAGUCGCCUUCCACGCCCGUCGCUGGCGCGGAGGCCGCGGGCGCAAAGCUUGGGGCGGCGGACGCGUCGGCGGCCUCGCCCGCAGUAGAGGCGGGAUACGGGGUGGAGGCGGAGGCGGAGCAGGCGCGCGCAGAGCAGAGCGCGGAGCAGAGCGCGGAGCAGCCCCGGCACAGCGAUGACGCCGGCGCCCGAAUGAGAGCGUCGCACUUGUGGCGUGAGGGCAGGAUUGUUGCUGUAGGCAAUGCGAGGACACCGGGCCCGGCGGCUUCCGCCUCCCGGUCCCGCUCCGCGAGUAGUUCCGAUAGCGGCGACUGCCGCGGCGAAGCGUCGAAGCGCGAGAACUUGAAGCGUGUCUCGAAGGGCGAUCCGACCUCGUACAUGCUCGCCUCACCCUCGAUGGCGCCCUCAGCUUGCGCCGAGGUGGUGAAGUGGCCCUCCGGCGGGUAG